GUGGUAUACAACCGGUGCGACAAUACGCACUGCACAGCACCCGUACCCUCCAAACUGAACGUACAUCUCGUCCCUCACACUCACGACGACGUCGGUUGGCUCAAGACUGUAGACCAGUAUUACUAUGGCUCCCAAUCGGAGACCAAGAAGGCGGGCGUACAGUAUAUCAUUGAAUCCGUGAUACAAUCGCUUCUACGGGCAGAGCACCGGCGGUUCAUCUACGUUGAGACGUCAUUCUUCUGGAUGUGGUGGCGCGAACAGGACGAAGAUUACCGGCAUCAGGUCCGCAAACUAGUCAAUGAGGGUCGACUCGAGUUUAUUAGCGGCGGUUGGGUAAUGCACGACGAGGCCAAUACCCAUUAUCAGAGUAUUAUCGAUCAGAUGACCUGGGGCCAUCGGCGCCUACAGGACAUGAUUGGCCAGUGUGUUGUGCCCCGCAUUGGGUGGCAGAUUGACCCGUUCGGCCACAGCCGGGAAUCGGCGCACUUGUCGGCUAUGUUUGGCUUUGACGGUCUGUUUUUUGCCCGAUUAGACUAUGAGGACCAAAAGCUCCGGUCGGCUGAAAAGCGCAUGGAGUUUAUAUGGGAGGGUUCGGAUGAUAUCGUGCUGGACCCGACCGGAGCGCCCGUCAACCAGACCUAUGUGUUUCCCAUACCGGCGCCCGUAUUGCGGCUCAAAGAGAGGGUCAGCGAAGCGGUAGAGGAACUAGUGUUUGAAGCGUCGGUACCGGCACUUGGGUUUGCCACUUAUAUACUAAAACGUCAGGACACAGAAGAUUCCCUAAGCGCACCGGUAGUGCGUACAGUGGACCGUGACUUUUCGGUGCAAACCCCCGGCUUUAAUGUAUUUUUUGAUGGGAACGGACGGCUACAGGAGCUGCAGUUCCGUGACUCGGGUCGGACGGUGUCAUUGCGUCAAGAGUUUGCGUACUACCGGUCCUUUGGGGGCAACAAUUAUGGCCCAUACCGGGCGUCCGGGGCCUACGUGUUCCGACCCGAUCGAGACGAGGCCGAUGUGAUCCACCCCUCGGAUGGCAACUACAGGGCGCGAGUGGUGGAGAGCCCGGUGCUCACCGAAGUGCAUCACGAUAUCAAACAUGACUUGUCGCAAGUGAUACGUAUAGACCACCGAAGCGAUGCCAUCGAGUUUGACUACACGUGCGGACCCAUAUCGGUGGCCGACAUGUGGGGCAAAGAGGUUGUGUUCCGGUGGCAGACAAACCUGACCACUGGUGGCAAGUUUUACACCGAUAGUAAUGGACGACAAACGAUGCGUCGGCGCCGCAACUAUCGGCCCACGUAUAACCUGACAAUCACCCAACCGGUGUCGGGUAACUACUAUCCGGUGACCAAUUGGAUAGCCAUCAGGGACGAGGCGGCCGGUCUGCAAUUAACUAUGCUAAAUGAUAGGGCACAGGGAGGCACAGGAUUUAGAGAGGGUCAGAUCGAGUUGAUGGUUCACCGGCGUAUACUACACGACGAUGGGAUGGGCGUCAAAGAACCCCUCAACGAACCGGGUGUUGAUGGCAAUGGUCUGGCUAUAAGGGGUCGCUUUUGGUUACAAUUGGCAACACUUGCCUCAGCGACUGAACUGCACCGGGAGGCCGCCAAUAGGCUGAUGAUGGAACCGGUGAUGACGUUUAGACGUGUGGCUGAAGAGCCAACUUACUAUCAUAAAGAGCACAGGACCAACUACUCGGCACUGUAUAGCCCGCUACCCCGUAAUAUACAUUUACUAACACUGGAGCAAUGGGCGAAUCGGACCUUAUUGUUACGUUUGGAGCACUUUUAUCAGUGGAAUGAGUCGCGCGAGUGGUCAACGCCGGUGAGGGUUGAGCUCCGGGAUCUGUUCCGCGAGUUUGUGGUGUACGACGUUUUGGAGACCACUUUGAGCGCC